AUGGAGACACAGUUCCUUCCUUUCGACUACGGAAACAAGAAGAGGCUUGAAGAACAGCUGAUUCUAGUUUUGGGAUCAGACUCAGGUGGAAGAAAUCAAACUCAGAAUGAGGCGACAUUAUUUACCCACAGUUUGAUCUGGAAAUUCAAGAAAGCUUGUGAUGGGAAAUUGUUUGAUCCAUUAUUCCAUGAUUGUAACCUCAACGAUAACAACUGGCGAUGUCCCGGACAGACAGUAGGCCAGAGACCAGCUGCCCUUUCCAGCGCCCCCCUGGAACUUGUCUCAGUCGAGCGCCUAAUAGGCUAUGCUGCCGUCGCUAAGCUCUAUUUGCGAAACAUGAGCGAGUUGUUGUUUCCAAUCAACAACAACGCUAAAACCAUGUCAUCAGGCACCUCUGACUCGCAACCGUUGAACGGUAUAAUCAACACUCACAAGCGAACUUUGCCCAUCUACCCUUCAACCCCAGCCCGCCGAACAGUUGCGUUUCAACGGCCUUCUGCAGGCACUCACAUCAGUCGCGAGACGUCCAGAGUAUCAGAUUACGGCAGAGGUGUACGCCAGAGAAACGAAGCCGGGGAUAGAGUCCCUCCAGACACCGACGCGCUUGCGGGCUUACAAGACUCAGUGGAUGUUGAUUCCAUUGAGCGGCCUGAUGUCAUCAGUGAUGAUGACCUCCAAGACUCUGUCAAGACCCUUUUAAAUGGCGCAUUACAACUGGACCAGCGUAGUGCGAAGGAGCGUUUCUUACCGAGCGGGGAUCUGAAUACCAUUUGCAACCAUGCUGCAGUGGUCAAGGAACUACUGGACAAUAAGUACGGGACACAUGAAGCAGAAGCCUGUGCUGAGUAUGUUUGUCAGAGACCCGCAGUAGAGAUCUUUGCAGUGCUAGUCUUAAUCAACCAGCUCAAGUUUCUGCGAGACUUCAAGAAUGCAGGAAUCAGCGACAAGAACUUACCAUUCCGCGUCAACAAAGACCGAACGGAGCUAUUGUGUCGUCAAUCGGAUGGGAAAGAUUGUCUAGAAUUCUUGAACCAUUCAAGAGAUGCAGAGAUGAUGCGAGAAUUCUACAGCAAGCAGUGGUGGGUGCAUGUUCCAUUCUUGGACUGGGACAAGGAGAAUCGCAAAGCCCUCAACUUUCGAUAUGAACCGGGAACAGUCCUUCCUUGGACAUAUAUCGGCGAUGAAGAUAAAAGUGGCGGAUUUGGAAUUGUGGAAAAGGUCAAGAUUCACCCAGAUCAUCACUCCUUCACACAGUACAAGUUCUUUGCGCUCAAAUCCAUGAGAGGCGAAUAUGUUAAUGAAAAUUACCAUUUCUUCCAAAAGGAAAUUGCUGCGUUCCGCAAGAUGAGCUCCGGGCCGCAUUUGGUUGAGCUAUGUGCGACACUUGAGAUCACUGGUGAAAAGUUCAUGCUACUCUUCCCGUGGGCUGAAGGUGGAAGCCUAGAAGAUCUGAUGAAUAAGUCAAAGAAAGAUCUUCUGAAAAGCUACGACUUGACAGAGAAGGAAUUUAUCCGCUGGGUCGCGAUGCAAUGUCGGGGUUUGAUUGAAGCCCUAGGGGCGAUUCAUUAUACUCGCAUCAAACAUACGCACAUUGACCUAGACGGAGAUCGAUGUAGUAAAGAAAAGGACUAUGGAAUACACGGGGACAUAAAGCCUGCCAACAUUCUUCACUUUAGCCAAGAGACAACCCAUUGUCGUCUUGGCAAUCUCAAGGUUGCAGAUUUCGGCCUCGUCACAUUCCACGCACACGCCUCAAGAACCAUGGUAAAUUCACAAUCAGCACACGCAGCCUCUCAAACCUACCGCUCACCGGAACACGACAUAAGCUAUUUCAUGUCUAAAAAGGUUGAUGUCUGGGCUUUGGGCUGCGUAUUCUCAGAGUUGAUGACCUGGGUCAUUCUCGAUAAUGCUUCGUGCAAGGACUAUCAACAAGAACGAAAAAAUGAGCCGUCGUUCUCUGGUGCCAUUAAGAACAAAGGUGUGUGGAAAGAAGAUAACUUCUUCCUAAAACACCAGCAGAAGAAAAGGCUAGCUGAGAGGCUCUACGCUCUGGUCAAAAACGGUGUUUCUCGUAUUAUGAAAAAGAACGGAUCAAGUCCCACAUGUCCAGAAGAUCCUGAAGAGGUACCAAAGCUGAAGUGGAUCGACAAACUUAUUUGCGAAGCACAGCAUAAUGAAGGUUCAGAAUUCUUGCAGCAUUUUCUUCAUUUCAUUCGCAGCGACAUGCUGAACCCGGAAAGGAUAGGCAGAACUGAUUGUGACAACGCCCUGAAGUUUUUGAACGAUUGCAUAUUGCCAGAUUAA